AUGACGCAACAAAAACGAACGUUUUUUGUCGAUGAUAUUCUGCACAAAGUGACGCCAAGUGAAGAAACUCCUCCCUCUCCUCCUUCUUCUGCAAAUGAGAAGAGCCAAUUGAAACGUCAACUAUCACUCGAUCAUCAGAAUGAAGAAACAUCGACAAAGAAAUGCCGAGCUCGUGAAGAUUAUUCACCGGUGGUGGAUGUUACAGGUGACAAUGAUUCAUAUACGAGUGAAAACAGUCAAAAUAUUGAUAAUCAUAGUGAUGAAGAAUUGUGCGCAUCAAGCUCGUCGUUACCAUCUAUUGUAUUGAGACAGAAUAAAAAACAACGAAAACCUCGUACAGCAUUCACUGAUCAACAAUUAAAUUCAUUGGAGAAAAAUUUCGAACGACAGAAAUAUUUAAGUGUGCAAGAACGAUUAGAGUUGGCUAAUCGUUUGCAUUUAUCUGACACUCAGGUUAAAACGUGGUAUCAAAAUCGAAGAACGAAAUGGAAACGACAAGCUUGUCUUGGCUUGGAGUUGUUUACUGGCAACAUGCUUCAGCAGUGGAUGCAGCGACAGCCACAACUGCUUGCUGCUGCUUCGUCUUCUAGUGUAUAUCGAUCAUCAUCCUCAUCCACAUCCUCAGACCAGCCGAUCAUAAUCGGAUCGUUCGGUUCGGCUUUGUUAAACGAAGCGAAAGCAGUCAUGGCAACAAAAUCUCUUGCCCAUCGAUUCCAAUCAGUUCCCUUUACUUUACAGCGACAUGAAUGA